UAAAGGUGAACUAGCGUUACAGGUUGACAUAAAAGAAUUCAGGUCUGCACAACUCCAAUUUGAUCAUCGACCUGUGCUAAACCUGAACGCCAUGUUAAAGCAAAUCUAAAAGUCAAUAUUUUUCUACCGAAGUGCGAUAUCAUAGUUAUGAUCUGUUUGUUCCUAACUUACCACUGCCAUAUGGUAGGUUCUCAUGGGGUGUCACUAAAAGAAACUACCAAUUGAAAGAACAUAUUGCGUACGUGGCGUUUCCUACUGAUCAAUUUUCAGAGUACCAGAGUCUUCUCUAGUCAACUGACGCCAUGGGAAUGUUCUCAGCGGCGGCGCUCGUACUAUUGGUCGGUUUGGGCAUGGCAAACGGAAAAGAGCUGCGAAACACCAGGACCUGUUGGUGUGACAUCCGCACAAGCCCGUCCCGGGACGACCCUGUGCUGUUCACCACCCCUGAGAUAGUGUACGAUCAUGGGAUUUGGACGUGCAGGGAGGUUAUUGAGCGGUGCCCAGAUGCCUGCAGGGCCAAUGCGGAGAGUGUCCUUGGAGGAUCAGUCAGCCCGCUGACCCAAGCUGCAGGAGACAGGGUGUGCGAAGCACUGCGCGGUAGCCACAGUGACCCUGUAAAUCUGUACGCCCACUGGAAGGCAAGUAACUGUGACUACACUGAUCACCUGUACCUGGGACAGGUGUGCUGCCUCGAGUUUGACGUACCCGGGGUUGAUGGCAUGCAGUACUUCGGUGUUCCCUGUUGAUGGGUUUCAUUGGUAAAUCACAGAGAUAACCAGAGCAAGCUGCUAGGGGGCCCAAACAUACAUCACUUCUUCCUUACAUCACAAGUUAUCUGCCAACAAAAAAAAUCAAUUAAGA